AUGCUAGACGUGGCCGACAUUUCAUUCCCAUCACAGAAACAAGUCAUUCAAGAAAUUCCUCUGACUAGAAAUACAAUUGCUUCCAGAGUAAAUGAAUUGGCAGAAAAUUUGGACUUUCAACUUAAACAUAAAAUUAAAGAAUUUAUCUGGUAUUCCUUAGCAGCCGAUGAAAGUACAGAUAUCAGAGAUACAUCGCAGCUUGCUGUAUUUAUUCGUGGAAUUAAUGAAGAUUUUAACAUCAUGGAAGAGUUGCUGCAGUGCAUACCAUUGAAGAGUACUACCACAGCUCAAGAUAUUUACUCAGCAAUUGAGCAGUUAAUACCAAAUUAUGACUUGGAUUGGAGUAAAUUCUGUCGUUGA